GUCGUAGUCAGUUUGCAAAAGAAGGUCUUGGCGCAAAGUGUGUUUAGAGAAGCACAGGAGAGUUUACAUACCAUAAGAUUAUACAACAAGGACUAGAUCAAUGCAGCGAUCACUGUUACUACUGGCUGUGUCAGCCAUCCUGUUCUGUGCUGCAGUGGCCCUGCCCUCAAGACUGACCAUAUCCGAGGAGACUUGGCUGGAUCACAUGCUGACGCUGAGCGACGGCAGCAAUGAACUGCAGGACCUGGACGAGAGCACCGGAAUCCUCAUUAGAAAACGAUCUGCCAAGGAUGAUAGCAGCUCCUCUGAGGAGCAUAAGGACCAAGUCAAGGACAAGGCCAAAAACAAGGCGGACAGCUCCGGCGAUUCCUCCUCCGAGGAAAAGACAACACCAGCUGCGGUAGAAGAAACUACUACGGAGCACUCUGCUAGGAAGCGCAGAAGCACGGAGGAUGCGAGGAUACGAUCCUUUUGCCAUUCACUGAAUGAAUUGUCUAUUGAUCAUUCCGGUAGACAAUCUGUAUAUGAAAAACUGUAUAACUUUUGUAAGCUAAGGGAGUCUAGAAAAAGGCGCCAGGCUGCCGAUCAGAAAACCAGCGAUGAGUCGGACCUGGAUGCCCAGGAUGAGAAGGAGCUGGACGAGCAGAUGGCGCAGGCUGCGGCGGAACUUUUGAAGGGCAAGGAUAACACCAGCAUCGAGGACUACGCACAGGGAUGCGAGGUCAUGGAGGUUAGCUCCAAGGAGGCCAACGAAGCCACAUAUGCCGAAUGAUAUUUCUAACAGAACUUGAGUUUGAAUAAACAUAAGUAACAUUAAAA